AUGUCUGAUCUCUUUGUCGAGCUGACGGCACCCAAUGGCCGCAAGUACAAGCAGCCCAGGGGUCUCUUCAUCAACAAUGAGUUUGUCAAGUCCAAGUCGGGGGAAACCAUCACAUCGAUAAACCCAAGCGACGAGACUGAAAUUACAUCCGUGUAUGCGGCAGGUCCCGAGGAUGUUGAUUUGGCAGUAGCAGCAGCACGCAAGGCACUGAAGAGCCCCGAGUGGCGGGACAUGGACACGAAUGCUCGAGCUGACUUGCUGUACAAAUUCGCCCAGUUGAUCGAAGAGCACAGGGAGACGCUGGCUACCAUUGAGACAUGGGACAAUGGAAAGCCGUACCAGGUCUCGUUCAACGACGACAUGAGCGAAGUCAUCGGCACCAUCAAGUACUACGCAGGAUAUGCCAACAAGAUUCACGGCACCGUCGUCGACACAUCGCCUCUGAAGCUCGCCUACGUUGUGCGGGAGCCAGUGGGGGUUUGUGCGCAGAUUAUUCCAUGGAACUUUCCCUUGGCCAUGGCAGCGUGGAAGCUGGGGCCGGCACUCUGCACCGGCAACACGGUGGUGAUGAAGGCUGCUGAGCAAACUCCACUUUCGCUGCUGUAUCUUGGAUACCUGAUCAAGGAAGCCGGCUUCCCACCCGGUGUGGUCAAUUUCCUCAAUGGCGAGGGCAGGAAGGCGGGCGCUGCGCUGGCGCAGCACAUGGAUGUCGACAAGAUUGCCUUUACUGGAUCCACAGCAACGGGGAAAGAAAUCAUGAAAAUGGCUGCCGUCAACAUGAAGAACAUUACGCUUGAAACAGGAGGAAAGUCGCCACUGGUGGUUUUUGAAGAUGCCGACCUUGAGCAGGCAGUCAAGUGGACGCACCAGGGUAUCAUGUACAACCAAGGCCAAGUGUGCACGGCAACGUCGAGGGUGCUUGUGCAUGAGAGCAUCUACGACACGUUUGUCGAGGCCUUCAAGCAGCAUCUCAAGGCGACGUCAGUGGUUGGAGACCCGUUCAAGGACGAUACUUACCAGGGCCCACAAGUAACCAAGGCCCAGUUCGAGCGGGUUCUUUCCUACAUUGAGAGCGGCAAGUCCGAGGGCGCUACUCUGGUGGCCGGUGGAGAGGCGUACAAGAACGCAGGCGGCAAAGGCUUCUUUGUAGCGCCCACUGUCUUCACCAACGUCAAGGACACAAUGAAGAUUUACCGCGAGGAGGUGUUUGGCCCCUUUGUCGUCAUCAGCUCGUUCAAGGAAGAAGAAGAGGCGAUUGAACGUGCCAACGACACGACGUACGGACUAGGCGCCGCAGUCUUUACCGAGAACAUUACCAAGGCGCACCGGGUGGCGCGGCGCAUUGAAGCGGGCAUGGUGUGGAUCAACUCGAGCAACGACUCUGACCUGCGGGUGCCGUUUGGAGGAGUCAAGCAGAGCGGCAUUGGGCGGGAGCUGGGCGAGGCUGGGCUGGAGGCGUACACGAACAAAAAGGCCAUCCACGUGAACCUGGGUAACAAGCUGUAA